UGAAAAAUUGAAAUUAAGGAAACCCAACGUUUUUAAACAUCCCUCCUGCAAGCAAAAAAAAACCUCGUCUUCCCUCUCGCGUACCGUGUCCAGUCCGAGUUGGAGUCGACGACUCACUCAAUCACCUGGUGGAGUUGACCGUGAAUCCUCAUUAAUCACCAUUUCUCUCUCUAAUUGAUGAUGACUUCAAUGGCGGCGUCAAGUUCCUCUUCCAAUCCAAUCCUACCAGUCUUCGUAUCUUCAAUCAGCGAAGAGAGGCAAAGAGAGAAAGAGAGAUUGGUUAAAGGAGAUGAUAAGGUCUUCAGAGGAUCUUCAAUGACUAAGAGAGGAGCUAAUGCCGCUAUCUCUUACAUGUCUUGUGCUGUGCUUUUGAUAUUGUUCAAUAAAGCAGCUCUUUCUUCUUAUAGCUUCCCUAGUGCAAAUGUCAUAACUUUAUUUCAGAUGAUGUGCUCGUGCUCUUUUUUGUAUGUAUUGAGACGCUGGAGGAUUAUCUCUUUCACUGAUGGUGGAUCCCUAAUUACUUCUGAUGUCAAAGCUACUUUUGUACCACUGGAGACAUUGAUUCACACCCUACCUCUUGCAUUUACUUAUUUGCUUUACAUGCUAGUUACAAUGGAGUCUGUCCGUGGGGUAAAUGUUCCCAUGUAUACCACCCUAAGACGGACAACAGUGGUAUUUACAAUGAUCAUGGAGUACAUUCUGGCAGGGCAGAGAUAUGCACCGCCAAUUUUUGGAAGUGUUGGCUUGAUAGUUCUUGGUGCAUUUAUUGCUGGAGCACGGGACUUGUCAUUUGACUUCUAUGGCUAUGCUGUUGUCUUCGCAGCCAAUUUUACAACGGCUAUAUAUCUGGCAACCAUAAGCCGUAUUGGGAAAUCCAGUGGCCUUAAUAGCUUUGGCCUUAUGUGGUGCAAUGGAAUUAUAUGCGGACCAGUUUUGUUGUUUUGGACCUUUAUUCGUGGUGAUUUGCAGAUGACCAUGAAUUUCCCUUACUUGUUUUCCCCAGGUUUCUUGGCUGUAUUGCUUUUUUCAUGUAUCCUGGCUUUCUUCUUGAAUUACAGUAUCUUCCUGAACACAACUCUCAAUUCAGCACUGACACAGACCAUUUGUGGUAACUUGAAGGAUCUAUUUACCAUUGCACUUGGCUGGGCUAUUUUUGGUGGGCUUCCUUUCGAUAUUUUCAAUGUCAUUGGGCAAUCCCUUGGUUUUGUUGGCUCCGGUUUGUAUGCGUACUAUAAGCUCAUAGGGAGGUAACAAUAGAGACUUACUUCCCAGGAUGUUCCAGCCUUUUGCAGGUUCUUGGAAGAGAUUUAACAAUGUCGAGGAGGUUUUUGUUUGGUGGAAGGUCACGGGCUCACAAUAUAUGCAUAUUCCGGGAACCACCAGCUCCCAACUUGAUUACACUUCGCAUUGCAGUGGUUUUGGCAGUUAUGGGUUAAGAAAAUUACUUUUAUUUAUGAUUUUAAAAAAUAUAUUUGGUUAAAACAGUUAUGAGAUGGAUUUUUGCCUGUAAAAUAAAUGAAAACCAAGUUUUAGCUAUAUGUGCGGUUCGGUGCAAAAAGCUGAAGCUAUAUGAUUAACUUAGGCAAACUGACUACAAUUUUCAGAGUUAUAUCUAAUUUUUUUUCCGGUAACAUUGCAAGCAAUUUGUUGUAUUACAUUAGAAUAUGAAUAAAAUACUGUCCUAACCAGCCAUUUUUCCUUGUAAAA